AAGAGAGAGAGGGAGAGAGAGAGAGAGAGAAAAUAUGAAACAACUCAUUUGCAGAGGAGUAAAUCACGGAAUACCCGUUUGAGAGCGCGACAGGGCUCCUGCUUACAGCGCUAACACCGGAAUUGUGAUGCGCACGAGCCCUUCCUCCUCCUCUACUUCUCCCUCUUCUUCUCCUUCACCUUCUUUUUCUUCUUCUUCGCUGGAGAGUUUAUGGAAUCGGUGUGAUUGUUGUUAUUGUCGUUGCGGUGGUUGUGGCUGUUUGUGCUCUGGCUGGCUGCCGUUACCGUUACUCACACCGCUCGUCUGUUGUGGCCGUGAAGUGAAACGCCACAACAACGGUCACCGACACCGGCGGCAGACCUGCCUCACUCUCUGUCUCUCCCUCCCCUUCGCCUCUGUGUGUGUGUCGGUGUUUCUCUGCCUCAAACCGCACGACAGAAGCCGAAAAAAAAGAAAAAACAAUUGAAAGCCGCGGCUCGCUUCCUUCAGUCCCGCUCUGACUCUCCUGAGCCGUACACACACUGAAACAACAAUAAACACCAACACAAAAGAUGAGUUCAUAUUUCGUCAACUCGCUCUUCUCCAAAUAUAAAAGCGGGGACUCGUUACGUCCGAACUACUACGAGUGCGGUUUCGCGCAGGACCUGGCCGGCAGCCGGCCCACCGUGGUGUACGGCCCGGGCUCCGGCGCCACCUUCCAGCACGCUCCGCAGAUCCAGGACUUCUACCACCACAGCGCUUCCACGCUGCCCAGCAACCCGUACCAGCAGAGCCCCUGCGCGGUCACAUGCCACGGCGAGCCGGGCAACUUCUACGGAUACGACGCCCUGCAGCGGCAGACGCUUUUCGGGGCCCAGGACGCGGAUCUGGUCCAGUACAGCGACUGCAAACUGGGAAGCGCGCCGGGGCUCGGCAGCGAGGACGCAGAGGGAACCGAGCAGAGCCCCUCACCGACGCAGCUGUUCCCCUGGAUGAGGCCGCAAGCUGCGGGCAGGAGGCGGGGCCGCCAGACCUACAGCCGCUACCAGACCCUGGAGCUGGAGAAGGAGUUCCUGUUCAACCCCUACCUGACCCGGAAGCGCCGCAUCGAGGUGUCGCACGCGCUGGCGCUGACGGAGCGGCAGGUGAAGAUCUGGUUCCAGAACCGGAGGAUGAAGUGGAAGAAGGAGAACAACAAGGACAAGUUCCCGAGCAGCAAGAGCGAACAGGAGGCGGUGGAGAGGGAGAGGAGGGAGAAGGAGCUGCGGGACGGCAGCGGAAGCGGAGAAGGGGAAGGUGGUGAAGGAGGAGCAGGAGGAGGCUCGGCGGUGGCGGUGGCGGUGGCGGGCACGGCGGGGUCACAAGCCUCCGGUAACGAGGAUUGCUGCGAGAAAACCCACAAGCAAAUGUAGGGAGGUGGGCGGUGAA